GCCCUUGGGGCGCCGAGGGGCCGUGCCCGGAGUCGAGAGGCGGUUAGGGUCGUGGUCAUGGCCCUGGCGCCCGCCAAUCAGCCGGAGGUGAUCCGCGCCGCGCAGAAGGAUGAGUAUUACCGGGGCAGUCUGCGAGGCGCAGCCGGAGGCGCUGUGCACAGCCUGGCUGGUGCUAAGAAAUGGCUAGAGUGGAGGAAGGAAAUUGAGCUGCUGUCAGAUGUGGCAUACUUCACCCUCACCACGUUUUCAGGCUACCAGACUCUUGGGGAAGAAUACGUGAACAUCAUCCAGGUGGACCCAUCCAAGAGAAAAGUCCCUUCUUGGCUUCGCCGAGCCGCGCUCGUCUCUCUGCACACCCUUGUGCCCUACAUGCUGGAUAAGGCCUUACUCCAUCUCGAGCAUGAGCUGCAGGCUGAAGUCGAGAGUGCCCGGCACCUGCAGAACAGCCUGGUGCCUAGCGUCCGAGGGAGGUCGGCGGUACGGCAGUGGCUUCACAGACACGUCCGCCAUCUGACUGAGUCACAGAAGAAGACGCUCCUGCGCGUGGUGUAUGUCCUGAAACAGAGCAUCACCUGCCUCCACCGGCUGCAUGUCGCCAUCUUCUACAUCGAUGGAAUCUUCUACCACCUGGCCAAAAGGCUCACGGGUAUUGAGUAUCUCCGUGUGCGCCGCUUCCCUGGAGAUGACCAGAGUGUUCGCUGGAGCUACAGGCUUCUAGGGAUGGUGUCCUUGCUGCACCUCCUGCUCUCGGUGGGUGUCCAGAUCUACGGCUUCAGUCAGAGGCAGCGGGCACGGAAGGAAUGGAAGCUCCAUCGCAGCCUCUCCCACCGCAAGAGCCACGUAGAAGAGAAGGCUAUGGGCAGGGGCUCUGUGUGCACCCUGUGCCUGGAGGAGCGCCGGCGGGCCACGGCCACGCCAUGUGGCCACCUCUUCUGCUGGGAGUGCAUCACGGAGUGGUGUAACACCAAGACGGAAUGUCCCCUCUGCAGAGAAAAGUUCCAUCCACAGAAACUGAUUUACUUGCGACAUUAUCGUUAGUCCUAGCAAACCCAGCUCAAAGGGCAACAGAAGAAAAGGAAGAAGCUCUCAAGAGAUCAUGUCUUUAUUAAUGGACCAAAAGCAGAGUUCAUUUUAAUUUACCCAGAAUCAUGAUGGUGACUUCAUUUGCACUGAAAUUAUCAAGGUUAUUUUUGGAAUCACUGCGUAAGGUACUUUGUCCACUGCUCAGCUAAUGGGGAAGGUGUGGUGGGAAGCCAGGCCUGACUUAAUAACUCUACUUGUGGGGUAUUAAGAUGUCCUUCCUAACCAAGGACAGGACUUCAGACAGGGAUGCAUGUCUACACUGAAUCAUACACACCAAGGCAAGCUCUGUUCGACUCAGAAAAUUCAUCCUGGAUCUUAGACAUCAUUGCCAAAUGUAUGAAUGUCCAUCUUCCUUUCCAAUUAGCCUGAGAUAAUUGUUGGACAAACAGUAAUCUAACUUCCUUUCCCCCAAUUUCUGUGCUACUUGAAAACAGUUUCUGAGAAGUUGGCAUUUCGCUUAUUCGGAAAGGGGUUCACUGUGCUUAUCAAAAAAGCAGAGUUUUAGGUUUUCUUCCUUACCCCACAACUAACAUGCAGCUGAAACCAGAUUCUUCUGAAUUUACAUUCUAAGCAGUCAAUAAUAAAGGUUUGUGUAUAUAUUAUGGUAUAAUAAUUUCA